AUGCUAACCGAUCCAGUGCCUCCUCUUGGUAUCCUUUUGAUCUCCGGGUGCAACGUCGAUCUGUGUGUCAAUAUCCUUCUCACGGUUUUGGGCUACCUCCCUGGUAUUAUCCACGCCUUAUAUCUCGAGCACGUAUACUAUAGCCGCCGCAACGUGGAUCCAGCUGCUGCGCCCCGGGGAGAUGCGCCUGGUGUGUAUUCGAGCCGUAUCCAACAUGGUGAGCGCCAUAAUCAAGCCCAAAGGAGCUACGGCACUGUUUGA